ACACCGAGCCGCAAAGCGAGUCCAGCGGCAACAACUGCACUGCUCCGCUUUCAGGAUGUUUACCCGGGACUCUGGUUCUAUAUCUGGAUAUCGUGCGGCGGAGUUUAACUUGAGACUUCGGAAAUAGUUCCUGUUUAAAAACUUUGGUGACUCCAUAGCUAAUGAAGAAUAGCUAGUUAAACGAAGCGUAGCGAAGAUUAGCUAACUAAGCUAACAACCACAUUGAAUGGGAGAAGAAGAGUGUGCUGUUCUCUACGUUUAUUUUGAACCGAAACUGUGUUCUAGGUAUAGGACAAUGAUAUAAGUAUUUUAAACACCGUGCACAGACUUGGGACAUAUAUACGGCUUUUUAAAGCUAUUAUGGGGCACUGCAACAUGAAUCACAAUAUGCAUAGUUCGCUGUGGGGGCUGAGAUCCGUAGUGAUAUCAGCUGUGGGAGAUCUCUUUCACUGAUUCCCCGACCGAAACCAUACUAUGAGGUUGCCAGGAUAUUUCUCAGAGGAGGUGUGUUAAGCUGCGAUCAUCGCUUUCAUUUGCAAAGAAUGUCCGACUCCGAAAGUUCCGGUUCAUUUUUCGGUUUGGAGGAUCCGCAGUGGUUAUGCAUGGUCACACUUUUCUUCGCAUCCCUCGUUACUUUGAUACUGUAUUUCGUACAGUAUUUCCAGCGUCAGGGUGUAGGGAAAAGGCAGACAGCAGCAGGGGACAAUGCGGCGAAGGAGGAAGCCGGGGCUCUGCUGGGAUGGGCGCUGUCACAGACGAGCUGGAAGAGUCAGUGGAGAGGAGCGUGGUGCAGGGCAUUGAAUGACCAAUCGAAGAAGAGUGGGGGUCCUGUUCGGUUAACAUUCGAAGAUGAUGACCUUGAGGCGUCAGAACUAAUGGUCAGCCAAGUAUCCAGCUUUCAAAAGUCUGCAGGAAAAAAGGCCGCUUGCUGCAGUGUGAUCGGGGAGAAGCUUCAGUUCUCUGUCAGUGCAGCCUCCACAGCCAUGCCUUCAGCAGAGCCCUGUAAAUACACAGUGUGUAUCGCUCCACUGGAGCUGCAGCUGGACCUUCAGAUGCAGGAGGCUAAAGACGAGGUGAAGGUGAUCUGGGGGGUGACGCACCUGGAUACGGGGGUGCUACAGGUCACCCCCACCCUGACCCAGGACCAUGCCUCCUCCUGCCGUGCAGCGGCCCUGCAGCAGCAGCUGAGGGGGCUGCUGUGUGCGGUGCGCCCCUCUGUGCUGCUCAGCUGCAGGCCUGCUCAGGCCUCACAGCUCACGGGUGCACGCAACAAUGUGGUUUCACCCCCAAAACCCCCCCGCGCCCACGACUGGAAGCUGCUGGUGAAGAACAUCCGGGUGACCCUGAAUCAGGAGGAGGAUGCUGCAGGCAGCAUGAAUCCCCUGUGUGUGAUGCAGUUAGACGAUCCUCCACAGAGGUUUAACACCUCCGUGCUGAAGAACACAGCCAGUCCAUCCUGGGACCAGCCCUUUAUCUUUGAAUUGAAUGGACGAUCAAAAGAGCUCAUCAUUCAGUUAAGGAAUGAUGGACAACCUCAAGAGAAUUCAUUACUUGGUCAGGUGUCGGUGCCGUUUGAUCUCGUAAAGAAGCAGCCCAAAGGACAGCAAACAUUUGCACUCAUGACCAAAGACGUAGUGACUGGAUCACUUACUACUGAUUUUACCUACCUGGAGCCCAGUGAGGUGAGGUCCUGGCUGCCUCCCACCCCCGCCUCCAAUAAGAGGGUGGAGAUGGACCGUACUGUAAUGCCCUGUGGCACGGUGGUCACCACCAUCACUGCGGUGAAGAGCAAGCCAGGGCGACCCCUCCCACUUGGACUCAACACAGAUGCUGCUCAGAGGUCAGCGACCAUCAGGCCCAAGCUGUCGGAGCGGCGUGUGUCCGAGCACGCCACCAUGCUGGGGGGCCCCGUCAGCAAGGCCCUGUCCUCCUCUGACACGGAGCUGCUCAUGCUGAACGGCACGGACCCCGUGGCCGAGGCCGCCAUCAGACAGCUGCACCAGUCCGCCAAGCAGAAGCUCAAGUCCCCGGUGAAGAAGAGCACCAUCAUCAUCUCUGGCAUCGCCAAAACGCCCUUGUCUCAGGAUGAUGAGCUGGCUCUGAUGGCGGGCUACGCUGCAGCGAUGGACGCCUCCAUGUCCGAAGCCAGCUCCACUCAGGAUGUGACGGCUGCCAUGGCCUCAGGACCCAGCAGCCCUCCAGACAGCUCCGAGCCCCAGGGGGGCCCCAGUGGGAUGGGCAGGCCCCCGGAGGACUGGGAGAGCCAAACAGGAGAGGAGCUGGAACACACCUCGCUGUCCAUGUGUGUGUCUGAGGCCAGCUGCAAGAAGAGACGAGGCAGCUUCCUCCAGAAGAGUGCCAAGCUGUUCUUCCGCCGCCGUCACCAGCGCAAGGACCCGGGGAUGAGCCAGUCUCACAAUGACCUGGUGUACCUGGAGUCUCCGGCCGCCGUGGAGCGGGCCAGCCGCACCGCCACGCUCAGCCGCAUGCUCACCCGCAAGAGCAGGAAGAGCAAAGCCAACGGCUCUACCUCUACGGGGGAGCCACUUGUGUGACCCUGCUCUCCUCAGUCCCUCCUACAACAACUACCAUCACCUCCACCUCAAACUUGCACUGGCUAACUCCCUGGCUAAUUUACCCCCCCAAUGUAUACUGGGACUCCUGCAUUGUAAAUGGGAAAGCUGUGCAAAUGGAAAACUCUUUUUACUGUCGUUUCCUGCUUCCUGUGAGAGACAGAUAUUCCACCAAAAGCAAGUGUGUGCAUGUGUGAAUGAAGGUCUCCUGUCUGGGAUUAAUGGUAUUUCAGAGGAUUUUGCAUGUUUCCUUUAUCUGAUUUUAUGCAACAUUUUGAAGUCUUUUAAGUGCUUUUGUGGCCUUGUUACUGACAGAAGGGACUGGCUGUCACUCUUUACCUCACAGACACUGAGGGGGAAGAGUAAACUCUCCCUGCUGCAAUCCGUACAUUUCCUACGGAGGACCAACGGGACCAAAGAUGAACUAUAGAGUGGUAUUUGUAUGAUUUGCACAGUUUUGGAAUCUUUAUUUAAAGUGCAAUGACAGGAUCUGCUCUGGUGACAGAGAUUCAUUUUGAAAACAUUAACAAAGGGAGACCAUCUUUUAAAUGUGGGAGAUAGUAAUACGACUACUUUUUGACACUAAAACUAUGAAAUAUGGUAUUUAAAUCAGUUAAUUUGAAAUCCUUGUAAUGGUAUUCCACUUAUAACAAGAUCAGAACUACAGCUAUAUCUACCGUGCAUAUAAAAGCUGUACAACGAAGCUAUCCGCAUAAUGUCAGCCUUAUGUCUAACAUAGAAGUAUAAGUCAUGGAUGAUUGGCAUGCACAGGGAACAUGUUAUCAUGCAUCAUAAGUUAUUACCCUUCCAAUAGGAAAAAAAAGAACAUGAAACUCGGCUAAAUGUGUUUUUUUAAAUGAUAUGCAACUUUCUCCUUUGUCUUCCUAAAAGAUUCUUCCUGUUCACUGCUGUUAUCAUCAGGGUUGUUAAUGUGUCAAAAGGGAAUGAAUGAACCUCUAUGCAGGGACUGUGCAGACACUCAGCCAUAACCAUCGCAUUGGAACGCAGUCUACGCUCAUUUUAUCUGAAAAUGAAAUCCUUUAUUGGAUAUCUUAUUGUUUUUAUAAGAUGUAGCUAUGAACGAACACAUGAGUGUGAACAGACUUUUUUUUUUUUUUUAAUCCAGCUAAUGAUUGUAUUUUCUUUUUGUGAGCAGCUUCUUGAAGACAUUUCUGUCCAACAUGUUAACUACUGUUUCUUUAAUAAGCGAGUGUACUCAGAGAAUGAUGCAGCACUAACGGAUUGCCUGACAGUUUUUUCUGAGGAUGAUGUCACAGGUGGACUUUUGAUUCUUGAGGCUGCAUCUAACACCACAUCAGAGGACUGAAGGACUGUAGGAAAAUGUUAAAAUGAGACACGGGUACACCCAUGUUCCUGCAACAUCAGCAGCAUCUAUAAUCAAGAAGCCUAUGCACAUAACAUAUCUGUUAACUGAGUGUUUACAUUGUUAGACUAUCUGAGAAUUAAAAAGCCUCACUCGCUGUUCAUGAUACUGUCCUGCAGAUACACUGUGGGUUGUCAUUUGUCUUUUACCAUUGUUGACUAAUGUCUGUUUUAAAGCAUUUUAAGGCCCAGAUUGGGGAUGAAGAAAAUGUGAUUACCUUUGCACUCUGAGUUAGAGAUGAGGAAAAGAGUUGUUUUAAUCAUGUUCAGCUUCAGAGCCUUUGCUAAUGGCAGCCUGCAGGCAUUAUCUACUGGUGUACAUUCAGUAAGCAGUCGUGCUGUGUGUUUAAGAAACUACUUCCUGAUGUUUUUUUAUUGGCAUAUGCUCUGUGCACAGAAACGGACCGACUUAGCUGUUGUUGCAGUCAUUUCCCUGCAGGGAUUGUAACUAAUAUAAACAUUGAGGUAAUUCCUUUUCAGCAAUAAAUAUUGAUUAAAUUA